AUGGCUCAGGAGUUAUUUGCCUCAGUGAAUAAAGGACUUCCUAGAGCCCCCUAUCACUGCUGGGUUCCCCAGAUACAGUUCUGUAACUGCCUGCCCCUGAUAAGCUGCAGGAUCACCAGGAAUUUGCCUCAGCAGUCCCUGGUUUCCCCAUCUCCCUUGCCUCAGCAGUCCCUGGUGUCCCCAGCCGCCCUGUUGCUGGCCCCUGGCCCAGUUGCCCUGUUGCCGGCCCCGAGCCGUCCUGCUCGGCCUCCAGAAAUACUUUGCCGUCGGCCCCCUGCUCAGCCGGCAGAUGGGUUCCACCAGAGAGGUUCUGCCUUUGUCGCCAGCUGCCAGAGGGGUUCCGCCUUUGUUGCUGGCCGCCAGAGGGGUUCCGCCUUCUUCACCUCAUUUCCAGUGAGUGCUCUCAUAGUGGGUCAGUCCUCAGGACCAAACAUGGGAACCACAGGACUCCAAUCCACAUUAUGGCUCAUCUACCUGGUGCUGCUGGUCAACACAUUCACUCAGACUGCUAAUGCAGAUCACAUCGGCCAAGUGUGCACGACUUGGGGACACUAUCACUGGAAGACCUUUGAUGGAAAUUUCUUCAACCUGCCCUCCACCUGUAACCAUGUUGUGGCCUCCCAGUGUAAGAACAGCUAUGAAAAUUUUAACAUCCAGAUGAGACGCAAGAUAGUAAACGACAUCCCCACCAUUAGCAACAUCAUCAUGAAGUUGGAUAGUUCUGUGGUGGAGCUCUCCAACAGCUCAUUGAUUGUCAAUGGCCAGACGGUGUCUUUGCCAUUUGUCACACUCGGGUUGACUAUCAAGGAGACCACAUCUAGUAUCUCUGUCGAAGCUAAGCUGGGAAUUAGAGUUAUCUGGAACCUGGACGACUCCCUGGAUGUUGAAAUAGAUAACAAAUACCACAACCAGACAUGUGGACUUUGUGGAAACUUUGACGGUGUUUCCAAAGAUUUCAUGAAAGAUGGACUUUUGCUGUCUCUAAUGGACUAUGCUGAUACCUGGAAGGUGGAUGGGCCAACAGAGACUUGUGAUGAGCCUGUGUUCAACCCAGUCCUGAGCUGUGGCGAUAAGCUAUUCUGUGACCAGAUCUUCUCCAGUGCUUCAUUUAGUAGUUGCCAAAACCUUCUGGAUGUGGAAUCCUUCAGUAAAGUCUGUAUGGCUGAUAUGUGCAACUCUAAAGAAAACGUUGACUCUGCCCUCUGCAAAACCAUCUCAGAGUACUCCAGAGAGUGUAUCCAUGCAGGUGGCCAGCCCCAACAAUGGAGAAAUGCAACGUUUUGCUAUAUGAAAUGUCCAUACAACAUGGAGUUCUUGGAGUAUAGCAGUUCAUGUACUGACAGCUGCUCCACCCCUCAGGCCAGCCAGACAUGUGACAGUCACUACAGUGAUGGCUGCCGCUGCCCUGCUGGAACGGUCUUUGAUGACAUCAGUAACACUGGCUGUAUCACAGUGGAUCAGUGUCCAUGUCUGCACAACAACAACGUCUACAAGUCAGGAGAGUCCUACUCUUACACUUGUGGAUCAUGUGUUUGUGAGAGUGGCCAGUGGACAUGUACGGAGGAGAACUGUCCAGGAACCUGCUCUGUGAAGGGAGGAGCCCACGUCAACACCUUCGAUGGAAAAGUCUACACCUUCCAUGGGGACUGCUCCUAUGUGCUGGCUAAGCACGAUAAUGGCUCCUUAUACACUGUGCUGGUGGAUCUGGUCAAGUGCGGUCUGGCUGACAGUAGGACCUGCCUCAGAGCUGUAACUCUGGGUUUAUACAGCAAUUCUAUGGUUGUUAAAAUUCAGGCAUCCGGGCAGGUCUAUGUGAACCAGAUUCUUUCUCAGCUUCCACUGUUUACACCGGAACUGAGUGCCUUCAGUCCAUCAUCCUUCUACAUCCUUAUAAGCCUAAAGGUGGGCAUUCAAGUGAUGGUCCAACUGUCCCCGGUGAUGCAGGUCUUCAUCUCAGCUCACCCUUCACUCAAAGGAACAACCUCUGGUUUGUGUGGAAACUUCAAUGACAUAAUGAGUGAUGACUUCAGGGUGAUUAGUGGGCUGGUGGAGGGCACUGCUGCAGCGUUCGCCAACACAUGGAAAACUAGAGCCAGCUGCCCCGACAUUACAACGCACUUUGGACACCCCUGUCGUCAAAGUAUCAGCCAGGAGAGUUAUGCCGAGUACUGGUGCUCUAAACUAGCAGAUCCCAAGGGAGUGUUUGCUCCUUGUCACUCUGUCAUUAGCCCCAACAUUUACCAAGAUAAUUGCAUGUAUGACAGCUGUAACUGUGAGAUAAGUGAGGACUGUAUGUGUGCUGCAAUCUCCUCCUAUGUCUACGCCUGUGCAGCUGCAGGAAUCCAGCUCACCGGCUGGAGGGCGACCAUCUGUGGCAAAUUCAGUACAUCGUGUCCAGCUGAGACAGUGUAUGACUAUAACAUGACCUGCUGCAGUCGUACCUGCCGUUCUCUCAGCCAGGCUGACUACUCCUGCCAGACCAACUUCACCACAGUGGAUGGCUGUGGCUGUGCCGAGGGAACCUACAUGAACGAGGUGGGGCAGUGUGUGUCCAGCGAAAGCUGUACCUGCUACGAUAAAGACAACAUUAUUCCUCCUGGACAGGCUGUCAGCAAAGAUGGCUUCACAUGUGUCUGCAGACAAGGGGUUCUUAGCUGCUCAGGAGGGGCAGAACUACUACUAUCCUCACCAUCAUGUGUUGCCCCCAUGGUUUACUUUGACUGCUCCACUAGUCAACCUGGGACCACUGGGACUGAGUGUCAGAAGAGCUGCAGCACCCUUGACAUGGCUUGUAUAAGUACAGGCUGUACAUCUGGCUGCAUGUGCCCUGAUGGCCUUGUGUCAGAUGGAGCAGGAGGCUGUAUCAAUGAGACCAGCUGUCCAUGUCUGCACAAUGGACAGGUCUAUCAACCUGGGCAGACACUGAGUGUGGACUGCAACACAUGCUACUGUAAUGAAAGGAAGUUCACAUGUACCACCAAUGAGUGUGAUGCAGUUUGUGGGAUUUAUGGCGACGGUCACUACGUCACAUUUGAUGACAAGAGGUUUGACUUCAAUGGAGAGUGUGAAUACACACUCCUACAGGACUACUGUGGCACGGGUCAGAGCAAUGGAAGCUUCAGAAUUAUCACUGAGAAUGUUCCCUGUGGAACCACAGGAACCACCUGCUCCAAGACCAUCAAAAUCUUCCUGGAGGAUAAUGAAUUCCAACUUAAAGAUGAGAACUUCCAGGUGAUAAAGCGCAGCAGCCAGGUGAUCCCUGCUCAGGUACACAAGAUGGGUAUUUAUCUGGUGGUGAUGAUCAAACCAGGACUUGUGCUCAUGUGGGACCAGAAGACCAGUCUUUUCAUUAAACUCAGCCCGCAGUUCCAGGGUCAAGUCUGUGGCCUGUGUGGAAACUACGACGGCAACAGUAAGAAUGACUACACCACACGUUCCCAGGAGACAGUGGCAGACGUUAUAGAAUUUGGUAACAGUUGGAAGAUUUCAUCCGACUGCCCAAGUGCCCAACUACUCACUGAUCCCUGUGCCUCUAACCGCUACCGGGCAGCCUGGUCCCAGAAACAGUGUAGCAUCAUUACCAGUGUCACCUUCCAGAGCUGUCAUUCAAAGGUUGACCCUGGUCCAUACUUUGACUCUUGUGUGAGAGAUUCUUGUGCUUGUGACACGGGUGGGGACUGUGAGUGUCUCUGUACUGCUGUCGCUGCAUAUGCCAAAGCUUGUAAUGAAGCUGGGGCCUGCAUUAAGUGGAGAACUCCAAAGCUGUGCCCUAUUUUCUGUGACUUUUAUAACUCCCCUGGUGACUGUGAAUGGCACUACAAGCCUUGUGGAGCUGACUGCAUGAAGACAUGUAGGAAUCCAUCAGGAAACUGUUCCAACCUCAUUACUGCCCUGGAAGGCUGCUAUCCACAGUGUCCCCCAACCCAGCCCUACUUUGAUGAAGAUACCAUGAAGUGCACUGCCUGGGACCAAUGUGGCUGCUAUGAUGACAUAAACACCCAUUACAGCAUUGGAGAAAAGGUUCCAUCGAACAACUGUUACACUUGCUCCUGUACAGUCUCUGGAAUAAGAUGCAACUACAAUGUAAACUCUUGCACAUGCUUCAUUAAUGGAAAAACCUACAAAUAUGGGGCAACCAUCUACAACACCACAGACGGGCUAGGAAACUGCAUCAUAGCUGAGUGCGGGGCAAAUGGGACCAUAAACAGAAGUAUGUACCCGUGCCUACCUACUACCACAGAAAUACCCUCAACAACAUCUCCAGAAACCACAACCAAAUAUGUAGAAACAACAACAUCAGAAACCACAACAGCAAAGAUUGCAACAACAAAACCACCAAAAGAAGUCACCACUGGCCCAGUAACAAGCUCUACCACAGCUGUUGUUGAAACUUCCACCUCCGUGCCAGGUGUCACAACAACAAGCCCUGAAACAACAGUCGUAACAUCAAAACCUUCUGUUGUUACCACAACUAUUACAGUACCCUCAACAACAGCUCCAGAAACCACAACCAAAUAUGUAGAAACAACAACAUCAGAAACCACAACAGCAAAGAUUGCGACAACAACACCACCUAAAGAAGUCACCACUGGUCUAGUAACAAGCUCUACCACAGCUGUAGUUGAAACUACGACAUCAGUGCCAGGUGUCACAACAAAAAGCCCUGAAACAACAGUCGUAACAUCAAAACCUUCUAUUGUUACCACAACUAUUAAAGUACCGUCACCCACAACUACAGAAACCAGAACCAAAUCUGCAGAGACAACAGAAUCACAAAUGACAACAGCAAAGAUUGCGACAACAACACCACCUAAAGAAGUCACCACUGGACCAGUAACAAGCUCUACCACAGCUGUUGUUGAAACUACCACCUCCGUGCCAGUACCCUCAACAACAUCUCCAGAAACCACAACCAAAUAUGUAGAAACAACAACAUCAGAAACCACAACAGCAAAGAUUGCAACAACAAAACCACCUAAAGAAGUCACCACUGGCCCAGUAACAAGCUCUACCACAGCUGUUGUUGAAAUCUACCCCAACUCCGGCCAGGUGUCACAACAACAAGCCCUGAAACAACAGUCUCGUACAUCAAAACCUUCUUUGUUACCUGUUGUUACAACAAUUACAGUACCCUCAACAACAUCUCCAGAAACCACAACCAAAUAUGUAGAAACAACAACAUCAGAAACCACAACAGCAAAGAUUGCGACAACAAAACCACCUAAAGAAGUCACCACUGGCCCAGUAACAAGCUCUACCACAGCUGUUGUUGAAACUACCACCUCCGUGCCAGGUGUCACAACAACAAGCCCUGAAACAACAGUCGUAACAUCAAAACCUUCUAUUGUUACCACAACUAUUACAGUACCGUCACCAACAACUACAGAAACCACAACCAAAUAUGUAGAAACAACAACAUCAGAAACCACAACCUCAAAGAUUGCGACAACAAAACCACCUAAAGAAGUCACCACUGGCCCAGUAACAAGCUCUACCACAGCUGUUGUUGAAACUACCACCUCCGUGCCAGGUGUCACAACAACAAGCCCUGAAACAACAGUCGUAACAUCAAAACCUUCUGUUGUUACCACAACUAUUACAGUACCCUCAACAACAUCUCCAGAAACCACAACCAAAUAUGUAGAAACAACAACAUCAGAAACCACAACAGCAAAGAUUGCGACAACAAAACCACCUAAAGAAGUCACCACUGGCCCAGUAACAAGCUCUACCACAGCUGUUGUUGAAACUACCACCUCCGUGCCAGGUGUCACAACAACAAGCCCUGAAACAACAGUCGUAACAUCAAAACCUUCUAUUGUUACCACAACUAUUACAGUACCGUCACCCACAACUACAGAAACCACAACCAAAUCUGCAGAGACAACAGAAUCAGAAACCACAACAGCAAAGAUUGCGACAACAAAACCACCUAAAGAAGUCACCACUGGCCCAGUAACAAGCUCUACCACAGCUGUUGUUGAAACUACCACCUCCGUGCCAGGUGUCACAACAACAAGCCCUGAAACAACAGUCGUAACAUCAAAACCUUCUAUUGUUACCACAACUAUUACAGUACCGUCACCCACAACUACAGAAACCACAACCAAAUCUGCAGAGACAACAGAAUCAGAAACCACAACAGCAAAGAUUGCGACAACAAAACCACCUAAAGAAGUCACCACUGGCCCAGUAACAAGCUCUACCACAGCUGUUGUUGAAACUACCACCUCCGUGCCAGGUGUCACAACAACAAGCCCUGAAACAACAGUCGUGACAUCAAAACCUUCUGUUGUUACCACAACAAUUACAGUACCCUCAACAACAUCUCCAGAAACCACAACCAAAUAUGUAGAAACAACAACAUCAGAAACCACAACAGCAAAGAUUGCGACAACAAAACCACCUAAAGAAGUCACCACUGGCCCAUACCCUCAACAACAUCUCCAGAACCACAACCAAAUGCGUGAAAAACAACAUCAGAAACCACAACAAAGCAAAGAUUACGAAACAAAACCACCUAAAGAAGUCACCACUGGCCCAGUAACAAGCUCUACCUCUGCUGUUGUUGAAACUACCACCUCCGUGCCAGGUGUCACAACAACAAGCCCUGAAACAACAGUCUUAACAUCAAAACCUUCUGUUGUCACCACAACUAUUACAGUACCCUCAACAACAUCUCCAGAAACCACAACCAAAUAUGUAGAAACAACAACAUCAGAAACCACAACAGCAAAGAUUGCGACAACACCACCACCUCAAGAAGUCACCACUGGUCUAGUAACAAGCUCUACCACAGCUGUAGUUGAAACUACGACAUCAGUGCCAGUUGUCACAACAACAAGCCCUGAAACAACAGUCGUAACAUCAAAACCUUCUAUUGUUACCACAACUAUUAAAGUACCGUCACCCACAACUACAGAAACCACAACCAAAUCUGCAGAGACAACAGAAUUACAAACCACAACAGCAAAGAUUGCCACAACAAAACCACCUAAAGAAGUCACCACUGGCCCAGUAACAAGCUCUACCACAGCUGUUGUUGAAACUACCACCUCAGUGCCAGGUGUCACAACAACAAGCCCUGAAACAACAGUCGUAACAUCAAAACCUUCUGUUGUUACCACAACUAUUAAAGAACCGUCACCCACAUCUACAGAAACCACAACCAAAUCUGCAGAGACAACAGAAUCAGAACCCACAACAGCAAAGAUUGCGACAACAAAACCACCUAAAGAAGUCACCACUGGCCCAGUAACAAGCUCUACCACAGCUGUUGUUGAAACUACCACCUCCGUGCCAGGUGUCACAACAACAAGCCCUGAAACAACAGUCGUAACAUCAAAACCUUCUGUUGUUACCACAACUAUUACAGUACCCUCAACAACAUCUCCAGAAACCACAACCAAAUAUGUAGAAACAACAACAUCAGAAACCACAACAGCAAAGAUUUUGACAACAAAACCACCUAAAGAAGUCACCACCGGCCCAGUAACAAGCUCUAUCACAGCUGUUGUUGAAACUACAACCUUAGUGCCAGGUGUCACAUCAGCAAGCCCAGAGACAACAGUUGGUGAAGUCACAGGAAAACCACAAUCAACAACUGUAAUUACUAAACCUCUUUUGGAAACAACAACUAGUGUGGCUUCAACUGUAACUACAGGAGCAACAGCUAAAGCUACAACUUCCAUUGGCCCAAUAACACAGACUCUUCCAGGCAGCACAACUGUUUACACUACCCUAUCAGCCAGGACCACAGUUGUUUCUACACCAUCACUGUUUACCACAACUACAUCAAUAUGUGUGUGCAUUGUCAAUGGGACUUCACACCAUCCUGGUGACUUGGUGUAUAAUGUCACUGAUGGCUUAGGAUGGUGUUAUGUUGCAUAUUGCAAUGCAUCUUGUAACGUUGAUCCGCAAUCCAGUCUAUGUCCCACAACACAACCCAGCACAACCGCACAUUCUACCACUGCAGUGAUUGGCACCACUACAAAGGCAACAAUUUCUUCCACCACAACUAUUCCUACCUCUUCUUCCACUCCAUCAACAACCCCAUCUACAACUAUCGCGGACUGCAAUGAUGUGAAUCCACCAAGAAAGAAUGGACAAUCCUGGAAGGUCAGCAACUGCACCACAGCUACCUGCACCGAUGGCAAGGUCACAGAGACAGCUACUCCCUGUCCCACAGUACAACAACCCAUCUGUGCCAAUGGGCGCCAAGUUGUCAAAGUCUAUGAUGAUAACGGAUGCUGCUUCCACUAUGAAUGUGAAUGUGUGUGCAGUGUCUGGGCUGGAUCCCACUACAUGACAUUUGAUGGAAAAUCAUACGAUUUCAACAAGAACUGCUCUUACUACCUGGUCAAAGAGAUUAUUACUAAAUAUAACCUGACUAUCAUAGUAAAUAACCAUGACUGUGACCCUUCAGACAGCACAUUCUGUCCGCAGGCUCUCACUGUUGCAUACCAAUCCUACACAGUAGUUUUGACUCAGUUGAAUACUUCAGGAUCAGCAUUUAAUGUGGUGUAUGUAAAUCAGAAACGUAUCUAUCCCGCCUAUACAAAUUCUGUCCUACGCCUUACUAGCACCGAUAUGGUGAUCACAUUGGAGAUACCGGAGAUCAACACAAAAGUGGUCUAUAGGGGCUCCUCGUUCAGCAUUGACCUUUCUUAUUCCCUCUUUGGUGGGAACACUGAGGGACAGUGUGGGACCUGUGACAACUUUCAGAACAACGACUGCCGGUUUCCAAACGGUCAGGUAGAAAGCUGCUCAGACUCUGCAGGCCAGUGGCAUGUCCCAGGUACACCCUGUGUCAUCCCACCUACUACUACGACCACCUCAACACCUACAACCACCUCAACACCACUAUACACAACAACAAAGCCAGCUUGCAAACCUGCCAUUUGUGAUCUCCUAACCAGCAGUGUUUUUGCACUAUGCCACACAGUCAUACCCCCAGGACCAUUUGUGAAAUCCUGUGUGUCUGACAUUUGCAACAAUGGCAAUAACACCUGCUCCAGCCUUGAGGCCUAUGCCACUGACUGCUCUAAUGCAGGUGUCUGUAUCGACUGGAGGACUGCAACCAAUGGGCAAUGUGAGCACACGUGUCCAAAUAACAAGGUGUACAUGGCCUGUGGCCCAACUGUAGAGCCUACAUGCAAUGAGAGAUACAACAAAAGGUUCCAGGCAGAUAGCCACACAGCGACUAACUACACUCAAGAGGGUUGCUUCUGUCCUCAUGACACCAUCUUAUUCAACACAGUCUAUGACACAUGUGUUACCUCCUGUGAUUGUGUUGGACCUGAUGGAAAACCCAAACAGCCUGGUGACACAUGGACAAGUGACUGCAACACCUGUAUGUGUGACAAGGAUUCCAUGAGCAUCCAAUGUCAGCCUGUUCAGUGCCCAUCAGUACAGAGCCCCAACUGCGGACCUGGCCAGCAGCUGGUCAACAAGACAGAUGGAUGCUGCACAACACCUUCAUGUGAGUGCAAUGUAAACCUGUGUCCUGCUCCUAUCACCUGCCCGCUGGGCUUCCAACUUGACGUCACCAACAGCACCUGCUGCCAAUCCUAUGAGUGUGUUCCUAAAGGUGUAUGUGUCUAUGACAUGACCGAGUACAAGCCUGGUGCCAAGAUACCAACACCAGAAACACCAUCAGUACCACCAUUAGAAGCACCAUCAACAGCACCAUCAGGAACAACAGCAGCCCCAUCAGGAGCAGGACAACCAUCAGGAAUAACAGCAGCCCCAUCAGGAGCAGGACAACCAUCAGGAAGUACAACAGCCCCAUCAGGAGCGGGACAACCAUCAGGAACAACAGCAGCCCCAUCAGGAGCGGGACAACCAUCAGGAAGUACAACAGCCCCAUCAGGAGCGGGACAACCAUCAGGAACAACAGCAGCCCCAUCAGGAGCGGGACAACCAUCAGGAAGUACAACAGCCCCAUCAGGAGCGGGACAACUAUCAGGAACAACAACAGCACCAUCGGGCCCUAUAUCAGAGAAGUCUUUUAGACCUGGGGGCUGCCAGGAAUGUUACUGUGGCCCCAAAAUGGAUCCCAUCACAAAGCUCAACAUCAUUACCUGCAAACCCAUUGUCUGCAACACAAAGUGCUCUGAAGGUUAUGAAUAUCAGACUGUACCUGACAAGUGCUGCGGGAAGUGUGUUCCAAAGAGCUGUAGUGUCACCACACCUAACAACACAAUCAUUAUCAUUGAGGUCGGCAACACUUUUGUACCCGCAAAUGACAAGUGUGUGCAAUAUACCUGUGAGAAGAUCAAUGGACAGCCUGUUACCAAGGAAACCAAGAGCACUUGUCCACCCUUUAACCCCUUGGACUGUGAACCUGGCACCGAGGCAACUGACGUGAAUGGAUGCUGCAAAACAUGCAAGCUGCGGAGCAUCUGUGAGGUCCAGAGUAAGCAGACGUUCAUCAAGGUGAACGACUGUAAGAGCACGCAGCUGGUCAACGUGACGUCCUGCAGGGGACACUGUGGCAGCUCGUCCAUAUAUUCUGCAGCAGCUAACGAGAUGAUACAUCAGUGUGAGUGUUGCCAAGAGGCCACGACCAGUCAGAAGCAGGUGGAGCUGGCCUGUGGCGACGGCUCCAAGGUCCAGCACAGCUACAUCGUGGUGGAGACGUGCCACUGCAGCAAAGCAGAGUGUGUGGCGGGAACAACUUCCAAACAGCGCCGCAGGAGACGCUGAUCAACUACUUACUGCUUUACAUUGGACCUUACAAACACUAUGGAAGAUUUAAUGUUAGACCUUAUUCUUGUCAGGUUUUAUUUAUAGCUUAACAUGUGCUCUUUUUCAGUGUCACAACAUACUACUGUGAUAUAAACUUUCUUAAUUUUAGGAAUUCUCAGAUAAUUAAUAAAAUUGCUGCAAUAUGAA